UUCGCCUGAACAUGGCGACACGGAGCAGCAGGAGGGAGUCGCGACUCCCUUUCCUAUUUGCCCUGGUCGCGCUGCUGCCCCCCGGAGCUCUCGGCGGGGGCUGGACGCAGAGAUUGUACGGUGGCCGCGCGCCCUUGCCCCAGGACCGGGGCUUCUUCGUGGUGCAGGGCGACCCGCGCGAGCUGCGGCUGGGGACGCACGGGGAUGCCUGGGGGGCGAACCCCGCGGCCGGGAAGCCACUCAGGACGCGGCGGAGCGCUGCUCAGCAGCCCCAGCCCAUCCAGGUGUAUGGACAGGUCAGUCUGAAUGAUUCCCACAAUCAGAUGGUGGUGCAUUGGGCUGGGGAGAAGAGCAACGUGAUCGUGGCAUUAGCCCGAGACAGCCUGGCGCUGGCAAGGCCCAAGAGCAGUGAUGUGUACGUGUCUUAUGACUACGGAAAAUCAUUCAGUAGGAUUUCGGGGAAGCUGAACUUUGGCGUGGGAAACAACAGUGAAGCAGUGAUCUCCCAGUUCUACCACAGCCCUGCCGACAACAAGCGGUACAUCUUCGUAGAUGCUUAUGCCCAGUACCUCUGGAUCACGUUUGACUUCUGCAGCACUAUCCAUGGCUUCUCCAUCCCAUUCCGGGCUGCUGACCUCCUCCUCCAUAGCAAGGCCUCCAACCUCCUCUUGGGCUUUGACAGAUCUCACCCCAACAAGCAGCUGUGGAAGUCAGAUGAUUUCGGCCAGACCUGGAUCAUGAUUCAGGAGCAUGUGAAGUCCUUCUCUUGGGGGAUCGACCCCUAUGACCAGCCAAACACUGUCUACAUCGAGCGGCACGAGCCCUUGGGGUUCUCCACAGUGUCCCGCAGUACAGACUUCUUCCAGUCCCGGGAAAACCAGGAAGUGAUCCUGGAGGAAGUGAGGGACUUUCAGCUUCGGGACAAGUACAUGUUUGCUACAAAGGUGGUGCAUCUUCCGGGCGGCCAGCAGCAGUCAUCUGUCCAGCUCUGGGUCUCCUUUGGCCGGAAGCCUAUGAGAGCAGCCCAGUUUGUCACAAAGCAUCCUAUUAAUGAAUAUUACAUCGCGGAUGCCUCAGAGGACCAGGUGUUCGUGUGUGUGAGUCACAGCAACAACAGUACCAACUUAUACAUCUCAGAGGCAGAGGGGCUGAAAUUCUCCUUGUCCCUGGAGAACGUGCUGUAUUAUAGCCCCGGAGGGGUCGGCAGUGACACCCUGGUGAGGUAUUUUGCAAACGAGCCGUUUGCUGACUUUCACCGUGUGGAAGGCUUACAAGGAGUCUACAUCGCCACCCUGAUUAAUGGUUCUAUGAAUGAGGAGAACAUGAGGUCGGUCAUCACCUUUGACAAAGGGGGAACCUGGGAAUUUCUUCAGGCCCCGGCCUUCACAGGAUAUGGAGAGAAAAUCAAUUGUGAGCUUUCCCAGGGCUGUUCCCUCCACCUGGCCCAGCGUCUGAGUCAGCUGCUCAACCUCCAACUCCGGAGGAUGCCUAUCCUGUCCAAGGAGUCAGCCCCAGGCCUCAUCAUUGCCACCGGCUCAGUGGGAAAGAACUUGGCCAGCAAGACCAAUGUGUACAUCUCGAGCAGCGCUGGAGCCAGGUGGAGAGAGGCCCUUCCUGGACCUCAUUACUAUACGUGGGGGGACCAUGGAGGCAUCAUCAUGGCGAUCGCCCAGGGCAUGGAGACCAACGAACUGAAGUACAGCACCAAUGAGGGGGAGACCUGGAAGACAUUUGUCUUCUCCGAGAAGCCUGUGUUUGUGUAUGGUCUUCUCACAGAACCUGGAGAGAAAAGUACCGUCUUCACCAUCUUUGGCUCCAAUAAGGAGAAUGUCCACAGCUGGCUCAUCCUGCAGGUCAACGCCACUGAUGCCUUGGGGGUUCCCUGCACCGAAAACGACUAUAAGCUGUGGUCCCCGUCUGAUGAGCGGGGAAAUGAGUGUUUGCUGGGACACAAGACAGUUUUCAAAAGGAGGACGCCCCAUGCAACGUGCUUUAACGGGGAAGACUUUGACCGGCCGGUGGUCGUGUCCAACUGCUCCUGCACCCGGGAGGACUAUGAAUGUGACUUUGGCUUCAAGAUGAGUGAAGAUCUCUCCUUAGAGGUUUGUGUUCCAGACCCUGAGUUUUCUGGGAAGCCCUACAGCCCUCCUAUGCCUUGUCCCGUGGGUUCUACAUACAGAAGAACGAGAGGCUAUCGGAAGAUUUCUGGGGACACCUGCAGUGGAGGAGAUGUUGAAGCACGGCUGGAAGGGGAGCUGGUCCCCUGUCCCCUGGCAGAAGAGAAUGAGUUCAUCCUCUACACCGUGCGGAAGUCCAUCUACCGCUAUGACCUGGCCUCGGGAGCCACGGAGCAGCUGCCUCUCUCGGGGCUGCGGGCAGCUGUGGCCCUGGACUUCGACUAUGAACACAACUGCCUGUACUGGUCUGACCUGGCGCUGGACACUAUCCAGCGCCUCUGCUUGAAUGGGAGCACAGGGCAAGAGGUGAUCAUCAAUUCCGGCCUGGAGACUGUGGAGGCUUUGGCCUUCGAACCCCUCAGCCAAUUACUCUACUGGGUGGAUGCCGGCUUUAAAAAGAUCGAGGUAGCCAAUCCAGAUGGUGACUUCCGGCUGACAAUCAUCAAUUCUUCUGUGCUUGAUCGGCCCAGGGCUCUAGUCCUUGUACCCCAAGAGGGGGUGAUGUUCUGGACUGACUGGGGAGACUUGAAGCCUGGGAUUUACCGGAGCAACAUGGAUGGUUCUGCUGCCUACCGUCUUGUGUCGGAGGAUGUGAAGUGGCCCAACGGCAUCUCUGUGGACGGCCAGUGGAUCUACUGGACAGAUGCAUACCUGGACUGUAUCGAGCGCAUCACUUUCAGUGGCCAGCAGCGUUCAGUCAUCCUGGACAAUCUCCCACACCCUUAUGCCAUUGCUGUCUUCAAGAAUGAAAUCUACUGGGAUGACUGGUCACAACUUAGCAUCUUCAGAGCUUCAAAAUACAGCGGAUCCCAGAUGGAGAUUCUAGCAAGCCAGCUCACAGGCCUGAUGGACAUGAAGAUUUUCUACAAAGGAAAAAAUUCUGGAAGCAAUGCCUGUGUACCUCAGCCCUGCAGCUUGCUGUGUCUCCCAAAGGCCAACAACAGCAAAAGCUGCAGGUGUCCAGAAGGUGUGACCAGCAGUGUCCUCCCCUCCGGGGACCUGAUGUGUGACUGCCCUCAGGGCUAUCAGAGGAAGGAUAACACCUGUGUCAAAGAAGAGAACACCUGUCUUCGCAACCAGUACCGCUGCAGCAACGGCAACUGUAUCAACAGCAUUUGGUGGUGUGAUUUCGACAAUGACUGUGGAGACAUGAGUGACGAGAGGAAUUGCCCCACCACGGUCUGUGAUGCAGACACUCAGUUCCGGUGCCAGGAGUCGGGGACUUGUAUUCCGCUCUCCUAUAAGUGCGACCUUGAAGAUGACUGUGGGGACAACAGUGACGAGACUCACUGUGAGAUGCAUCAGUGCCGCAGCGACGAGUUCAACUGCAGCUCCGGGAUGUGCAUCCGCUCCUCCUGGGUUUGUGAUGGAGACAACGACUGCAGGGACUGGUCUGAUGAAGCCAACUGUACGGCCAUCUAUCACACCUGCGAGGCCUCCAACUUCCAGUGUCAGAACGGCCACUGCAUCCCUCAGCGGUGGGCGUGUGAUGGGGAUGCAGAUUGCCAGGAUGGUUCUGAUGAGGAUCCGGUCAGCUGUGAGAAAAAGUGCAAUGGAUUCCACUGCCCGAACGGCACUUGCAUCCCAUCCAGCAAACAUUGCGACGGCCUGCGGGACUGCCCCGAUGGCUCGGACGAGCAGCACUGUGAGCCCUUCUGCACGCGCUUCAUGGACUUCGUGUGUAAAAACCGCCAGCAGUGUCUCUUCCACUCCAUGGUGUGCGACGGGAUCGUCCAGUGCCGGGACGGCUCCGACGAGGAUGCGGCUUUCGCUGGAUGCUCUCAAGACCCUGAGUUCCACAAGGAGUGUGAUGAGUUCGGCUUCCAGUGUCAGAAUGGAGUGUGCAUCAGCUUGAUCUGGAAGUGUGAUGGGAUGGACGAUUGCGGCGAUUACUCUGAUGAAGCCAACUGUGAAAACCCCACGGAAGCCCCAAACUGCUCCCGCUACUUCCAGUUCCGCUGUGAGAAUGGCCACUGCAUCCCCAACAGGUGGAAAUGUGACAGAGAGAAUGACUGUGGGGACUGGUCGGAUGAGAAGGACUGUGGAGAUUCCCAUGUUUUCCCCUCCCCCACCACUGGACCCUCCACGUGUCUGCCCAACUACUUCCGCUGCAGCAGCGGGACCUGUGUAAUGGACACCUGGGUGUGUGAUGGCUACAGAGACUGUGCUGAUGGCUCGGACGAGGAAGCAUGCCCCUCUCUAGCAAACACCACCGCUGCCUCCACCCCCACCCAGCGUGGACGCUGUGACCGGUUUGAGUUUGAGUGCCACCAACCAAAGAAGUGUAUCCCGAACUGGAAGCGCUGUGACGGCCACCAGGAUUGCCAGGAUGGCCAGGAUGAAGCCAACUGCCCCACCCACAGCACCUUGACCUGUAUGAGCAGGGAGUUCAAGUGUGAGGAUGGAGAGGCCUGCAUUGUGCUCUCCGAACGCUGUGAUGGCUUCCUGGACUGCUCAGAUGAGAGUGACGAGAAGACCUGUAGUGAUGAGUUAACUGUAUACAAAGUACAGAAUCUUCAGUGGACCGCUGACUUCUCUGGGGAUGUGACUUUGACCUGGAUGCGACCCAAGAAAAUGCCCUCUGCUUCUUGUGUAUACAGUGUCUACUACAGAGUGGUUGGAGAGAGCAUAUGGAAGACCCUGGAGACUCACAGCAAUAAAACAAGCACUGUCCUGAAAGUCUUGAAGCCAGAUACCACGUACCAUGUCAAAGUCCAGGUCCACUGCCUCAGCAAGGUGCAUAACACCAAUGACUUUGUGACCUUGAGGACUCCAGAGGGGUUGCCGGAUGCCCCUCGGAACCUCCAGCUGUCACUCAACAAUGAAGAGGAAGGUGUGAUCAUUGGGCACUGGGCUCCGCCCAUGCAUACCCAUGGCCUCAUUCGUGAGUACAUUGUGGAAUGCAGCAGGAGCGGUUCCAAGAUGUGGGCCUCCCAGAGAGCCGCCAGCAACUCUACAGAAAUAAAGAACUUACUGCCCAACGCUCUCUAUACCAUCAGAGUGGCUGCAGUGACUAGUCGCGGGAUAGGAAACUGGAGCGAUUCUAAAUCCAUCACCACCAUAAAAGGAAAAGUGAUCCGAGCCCCGCAUAUCCACAUUGACAGCUACGAUGAAAAUUCUCUGAGCUUUACCCUGACCAUGGAUGGUGACAUCAAGGUCAAUGGCUAUGUUGUGAACCUUUUCUGGUCAUUUGAUGCCCACAAGCAAGAAAAGAAAACCUUGAACUUCCAAGGAAGCUCCCUGUCUCACAAAGUUAGCAAUCUGACAGCUCACACGUCCUAUGAGAUUUCCACCUGGGCCAAGACAGACUUGGGGGACAGUCCUCUGGCGUUUGAGCACGUCUUGACCAGAGGCAUCCGUCCACCUGCUCCUAGUCUCAAAGCCAAGGCCGUCAACCAGACUGCUGUGGAGUGCACGUGGACUGGCCCCAAGAGUGUGGUUUAUGGCAUUUUCUAUGCCACGUCCUUCCUUGACCUCUACCGAAACCCUAGGAGCUUAACCACUUCGCUCCACAAUAAGACAGUCAUUGUCAGCAAGGAUGAGCAAUAUUUGUUUCUGGUCCGGGUGUUGAUCCCUUACCUAGGGCCUUCUUCUGACUACAUCGUAGUGAAGAUGAUCCCAGACAGCAGGCUUCCACCUCGUCACCUGCACGCAGUCCAAAUAGGCAAAACCUCAGCAGUCAUCAAGUGGGAAUCGCCCUAUGAUUCUCCUGACCAGGACCUGUUCUACGCCAUUGCAGUGAAAGAUCUGAUCAGAAAGACGGAUAGGAGCUACAAAGUCAAAUCUCGCAACAGUACUGUGGAAUACAGCCUUAACAAGCUGGAGCCUGGAGGAAAAUACCACAUUAUUGUCCAGCUGGGGAACAUGAGCAAGGAUUCCAGCAUAAAAAUCACCACAGUUUCAUUAUCAGCACCCGACGCCUUAAAAAUCAUCACAGAAAAUGACCACGUUCUUCUCUUUUGGAAAAGCCUCGCCUUAAAAGAAAAGCAGUUCAGUGAAACCAGGGGCUACGAGAUCCACAUGUUUGACAGUGCUAUGAAUCUCACCGCGUAUCUUGGGAACACGACUGACAAUUUCUUUAAAGUGUCUAACCUGAAGAUGGGUCACAACUACACGUUCACGGUCCAAGCGCGGUGUCUGUUCGGCAGCCAGAUCUGUGGGGAGCCUGCGGUGCUGCUGUACGAUGAACUGAGCUCAGGUGGAGAUACAGCCGCGGUCCAGGCUGCCAGGUCUACGGAUGUUGCCGCUGUAGUGGUUCCUAUCUUGUUCCUGAUCCUGCUGAGCCUGGGUGUCGGCUUUGCUAUCCUCUACACGAAGCACCGUCGCCUACAAAGCAGCUUUACUGCUUUCGCCAACAGCCACUACAGCUCCAGGCUGGGCUCGGCCAUCUUCUCCUCUGGGGAUGACCUGGGAGAGGACGAUGAAGACGCUCCUAUGAUAACUGGAUUCUCAGACGAUGUCCCCAUGGUGAUAGCGUGAAGGAGCUUCUCUCAUUAGAAACCAAAUGGUGUAAAUAUUUUAUUUGAUAAAGAUAGUUGAUGGUUUAUUUUAAAAGAUGCACUUUGAGUUGCAACAUGUUAUUUUUAUAUGGGCCAAAACCACCACCACAACAACAAAAAAAACAACAAAACAAACAAAAAAAAAAGAGAGAAAGGAAUGAAUAAACUUUGUAGUAUCAACUGUGAACUUGAGACCAGGUUGAUUUUAGUGACCACGUAUGUUGCUUUGAUUUGACACUGAUGUCGUCUUACAGAGCUGUGCUUGCUGGGCAUGCUUUUAAGUCUGUGAGAUCAUUUUGGUUCAUUAAAUUGACCAUUCUUUUUAUUUUUCUAAGACGCAGAAAUGUAUUUAAUAAAAGCUUCAAGAGAGAGAGUGAUGGGCAGAAUCACAUUUCUCCUUGAAAACUGCUCAGAUUUUACCUUUUGUUUGGAUUUAGUUUACAUAAGUGUGUGGGUGUCUUGUGGGGGAAGGUCCUGUUCUGUUGUUUUUGUUAAUUUAUUGGGACUCUGUAUAAGGCCAUAUUUUAGUGGUCUUCUGAAACCCCCGGUGUGAACGGCCCCUUGCCCAUGGCAGGGGACGCAGAAGAAGUCCAUUUCAGUUCGCUCAUGUCAGGGACAGGUCUUUGGCAGGAGAGAGUUCUGGGUCAGUGCUAGAUUCCAAUUCAGUGGAACUAUAGCCUAGAAAGCCCUGCAAGCCACACCCCCUGUCUUCUAGGAAUCUGUGGGCUUUUACUGUGCAUGUCUCUGUAGAAAGUGUACCUUUGGAAGCUGCCAAGUGUUGACACUGCUUUCUUAUACACUGGGAUCAUUGUCACUUGAAAAAUAAAAUUACUGUGGUUGUGGGAGAAAGUUCUAGAUCUGUGCCAUGAUAGAUAUGCAUUGCAAAUAUAGUAUGCCAUGUCUCCAUUU